AGUUUUCAAAAAUGUCAAAUUUGCCGACCAGCACUCCUGUGAGCCCAUCUAAUCUUGCUGAAGAGAACCCAAAGUCUAAUAAUCCAGAAAGCUCAGAGAUAGAGGACGCGAACUUCGUCGGUAAAAUUCUUAACAAGGAUCAAUUUAACCUGAACGAACAGUUCUCCAGUGAUAUUGAGUGGAUUAUCAAGUACCUUGAUGUCAUGCAAGGCGUCACCGUCGGGCUUGAGAAAAUGUGCAUUUCGGGAACAAGUUAUCACUUCUCUGAUAAAACGGAGGUUCCCAACAGCGGUUGGAGAUACAUGCCGGCAUACUUGAAGAAGGUCGAGUUCAUCAAGAAGAACGAGGCGGAAGCCAAUAUGAUUGCGGAAUUGUGUGAAAAAAUGGGCCACAAGGAGGAGCAACAUUUCUAUGAUAUCAAAAAUGUGGACCAUGACUCAAACAUCUACACAACGACAGUAUUUUAUUGUGAUAAGAUCAAGAAGAUGUACAGUGAUGUGGAGAAAACUGUGAAGACGUGCAAUCGUAGAAGAAAGAAAGUGGAAAAGACACAGAUUCUUCCAGACCUUCGAGAUCAAUGCACAAAAUACCAUAAGGCAGUGCAUACAUUAGAUGAACAGUGCCGUGAAUUGGACAAUCUGAAGGAGUACGUCCGAGCUGGUCGACAUUUUCAUAAUCGCCACUUCAAACAGGGUCUUGUGGUUAUUAGCGCCCUGACAGCCGUUAGAAGUGGCGUUAUAAAGGAAUGGAUGACGCGAGACAGCAAGAGACAGCAAAAAAAGGGCAAGACGACGACUGUUGCCAGAAGCACUAACAAGAAGAACAAGAGCAUGAUGGGAACAGUGAAAGAUUUGAAGAAAAAAUGAAGUUUGAAUGUGUACAAAAGAUAUUAUCAUAAUUGAAAUUCUAAUAUAAGGCUUUGAAAUAAAUAUAUUGGAAUUU